AUGACUCUUCAGAUACAGCUUUGCGCUCUAUUUCUUACCUUCACGGCCUUGGCUCACGCGGCAAGCUAUCGUACUGUGGGCUCAUCGGGAUGUGCUGCUCAGAUGGUCUUUGUGCCUCCUUACACUGACACUGUAGUCUUCCUCGACAAUUAUCAUCGCAACUUUGGUGGCCCAGGAGUGGAUCUCAAGACUGGUGCUCACUCUCCUGAUGCAUUCAUGCAGGAUGACGGGUCGGGAUUGUUCGUUUUCGGUGCCGAGUACGAGUGGCAUACCAACAACCUCCGCAAGCUGUCUCCAAAGUCAAAUACGUUCUGUGCUGCCGGCGCUUUCUUUCCCGACGGAACGAUGGUUAAUGUAGCAGGUGCGGAGCUCUACUCCGGCGAAGCCAACACGAAAAGACUCCAGGAUGGCCGUCAGACUGUGCGGAGGUAUAAGCCAGGCCCUUGCGAGAUGGACGGAUGUAAUAUGGAUUUCGAGGUCAACGUGGACGAGCUGCAAUCUCGCAGAUGGUAUCCAACCUCCAUCACCAUGACGAACGGUGAUAUCCUUGUUGUUGGUGGUUCGGAUGUUGGUCUGCUGGUCACCAACGAGGCUUCUAUCAACAAUCCCACCUAUGAGCUGAUCAAAGCCGACGGCAGUAAAGCACCACCUCAGAAAAAUUUGACCAUCUUGGAAUUUGAAGCUCAGGACAAUCAGAACGCUGAUAUGUCUUUCAAUCUCUACCCGAUCCUCCAGUUGAUUCCGAACGACGAGGGCGCCGACCACAUCUUCACGCUCGCUGGAACCCGGGCAAAUGUCUACAACUAUGCGACUGACACAGUACACAAGAACCUGCCAGACAUUCCUGGGGGUCCGCGCACCUUCCCAGGAUCAGCUGCUGCUGUGCUACUGCCCCUUGGUGUUGGUGGUUACGAGCCCACUAUUCUAGUCUGUGGUGGAAGCUCCGGAGACAUUCCGAAUCCCAAAGCUCUGCCUGACUGCUAUAGGAUCAGGCCAAAUGAUGAGAACCCUCUUUGGGAAGAGGAUGAUGCAUUGCCGAACGGUGGCCAGACGAUGAUAGAACCUGUCCACCUCCCUGAUGGAACCAUCGUUAUGAUGAACGGUGCCCACAGAGGAAGUGCUGGAGGCUACCAAGCCGAAGACCCUGCGUUACAAGCACUGAUUUACGACGGCAACAAGCCCGCCGGGCAACGUUUCACCAAGUCAGCUACAACCGGGAUUCCUAGGAUGUACCACUCGGUUGCCAUCCUCCUGCCCACCGGAGAGGUUCUGGUCGCCGGCUCAAAUCCAGACGUAUUCUACAACCCAAUUGGUAACGUUUCGCUAGCGAACAAGAAUUAUCCACUGUUUGGAAACAACGGCCACACAUCCUACCUUCACCAACAGCAGGAGCCCGACACGGCAUAUCCUACAGAAUAUCGUGUUGAAAUCUUCGCGCCGCCUUAUAUGGACGCUGCUCGCCGUCCUUUCAUCACCGCAUACCCCGUUUCUGUGAAGUACAAUGAGAAAUUUCAGAUUGCAGCCGAAGGUGCUCGCGAGGAUGUAGUCGUCAGACUUUCUUACUCGGGCUUCCACACUCAUGGUGUUGAUAUGGGAGCGAGGAUGGUGCAGCUGGAGGCUGUGUUGAGCCCUGAUGGCGAUUACUUCAUUGACGUUACCUCCCCGUUCAACCCUACGAUCAUGCCACCUGGCGUAUACAUGCUAUGGGUGAUUGAGAAGGAUAUACCUUCUGAAGCUGUUUGGUUGAAAUUGGAAAUCUGA